AUGGUUGGCUUUUGUCAGUUCCUUUAUUCUCCUGGCAGAGCCAUUUGUUUUGGUCAUACUGAUUCGUGUCCCAAUGGAGGGGAUUGCACAAGUCCUGACUACUGCAGCGACUGUAAUCGAGGCUUCUACUCUCCACGAUGUAAUCGAUGUACAGCUAUCGCAAAUUGCCUUGAAGUGUUCUGCAGCACAUCUUCAAACCAGAAAUGUUACCGAUGUGAUGGUGACUAUGGCUCAGCGCGUGGAUCAGCCUAUAAGAAGAGUGAUGACAUGAGACAAUGCAGAAAGCAAUGUUCAUGGAGGAGUAACAGCAAUGCCUGCUUCCCAGGAUCCUGCACAAACGGCCAGUGCAGAUGCAGCAGUGGCUUCUCAGGAACUGACUGCAGAACAUUGGGCAGCAGUCAAGCACCAGUCUUAUCAGAGCACCGUGCCACUUUGGUCAAGGGGACAACAACUAGGGAAUCUCCCUCUGUCCAGGGCAGUACAGACACUGUCUACACCAACGUACGAGACUUCACAAGCAUCAGAGCCAACUGGAUAAGUUCGUACAAGCCUACAGGACUACCAGCCUAUAGUGGCGGUGGACAUCCAUACAUCCAAAGCAUUCGGUUUGGUGUUGUAGGUGCUAGAGUGACAGCCGCUGUGAAUCGGGGUUACCGUAUGAUAUAUUCAGUGGGCUCGCAGGCUUGUACAACAUCGACAACUCGUAAUUCUUUCAAUCAAAACAAUCCGGCAACAUACCUGGUAUCCUGUCAAGUGACAUUCAACUUGAACUACAACUCCUGGACACCAGCUACAGGAGAUGUCCUGAGGUAUGAUGUAUAUUCCACAAGUGGCGGGUACAUGAAACUCUAUGACAGGGACCAUUCAAACAGCAUCAUCACACGACACUACAAUGGCAGGACAACCUCCGGCUAUUCAACUUUCACCUUUGACUUUGUUGACCCCUACCACUGUGUGGAUGUUGGCAGUGGAUGUAGAACCACUAUGCUGUAUGCAGGGAAUGAUGUUACAUCACAGGCAGAGAUAAUUGUCACCUGGCAAGGCUGGGCAGACAGUCUCGCUGGCAUCAAGGAGUACGAGCUGCAAGUACGCCAGCUAUCUGGUAGUCAUGGCAUUAAGAUGACGGAAGUCUUUGACAGUCCAGCCGUUUAUAGUGGAGUGACCGACUCUAGUCAGAGCAUCACUUUGCCCCAUGUUGGUGUGUACUCCAUCGUCCUGAGUGUUGUUGACAAUGCAGGCAAUGUCCGACUCAGCAGACGCUUUGUGUUCUUUGAUGACGAUCCACACGAUGUCACCCUUCAGGAUGAUUCCUCUCUGCGCGUUGUCUCCGCGACUGCAGAAACCAACUACGUGUGGAUGACCAGUCUAGACUCAAGCGGAGGGAUGACAUCCGUGCAGCUUGAUUGGACGAACCGAUUUAUGAAUGCACCUCAUCACAACCAAGGAUUGUUGAAACCAAUUGGCUCCUAUGUUGCUGGUACCAUCGAUUCUGAUUAUGACCAGAACUUUGGGAAACGUGGCCGUGCAGCCAUCCCUAACACCCUCGGUGUGACAGAAUUCCGCGUCGUACACGACAUCGACCACAGCGGUGGCAGAACCACUGUCAUCGUGAGUGACGACAACUCGGACCACUGGAGUAGUGAAGGCACAAACACACAGGCGACCUAUGACCUGACCCUUGUUGAUGGUGAUUCCAUUCGGUUCUGGGUGGAGGCCAGGGAUUUGGCUGGUCACUUUGUGAGAGACAGUGUGUUGGUGCACGCUGAUUCAUCCCCGCCUGUUAUUGAAAACUUCUGGCUGGUACGGGACGGGGAGGUGAAUCUAGCCGUUCAUAAUUCAAAGGAUCUGGAUAAGAUGAGUGUUGAAUUCAGGACAUAUGACAUUCACAGUGGUAUACACACCAUUGAGUGGCGUCUCUUUGACAACCACACUGGCACAGAGAUACAUGGCAGCCGGAAUUUGGCGGCCAUGAAAAUCAACACGGACACUGAGGAUUGUGAUCCCGUCAGCUGUAUGUGUGUCCCACUCGGUGAUUGUUAUGCAAUAGACUAUGGUUUCCACCCAACAAUGCACAUUGGUACCCAUGACUAUGAUUACUACAUCACCCUGACGGUGACCAACCAAGCAAGUCUAGCAACUACUCAGACAAUCAAGAUAACGGUGGAUGCCUCUGCUCCUCAAGCUGGUGUGGUGCAUGAUGGGAUACCUGGGUCCAAUGAGAUAGACUAUCAGGAGGGCAGUGACCUCUCGGCUCAUUGGGAGGGCUUCUUUGACAAGGAGAGUGGGGUCAAGUUCUAUCAGUAUCUGUUUGAUGACUCCUGCAGGACCGGCUAUACAACAGUCGGCAGUGCCAUGAAUGAUAUGACAAAGACAACCGCCACGCAUGCCAGUUGGACAGCCCCCUCGCCUGGCCAGUACUACAUCACUGUCAUCGCUUACAACCGUGCCCUGGAACCCUCAGCAGCUGUCUGUUCUGACGGUGUUGUCAUCGAUACCAGCCCUCCAGAGCUGACCCAGAUUGCUAUCAGCUAUGCUCGGAUGUGGCCUGGUCUGGCCAAGGAUGCUGAGGGUCGGGUGUGGUUCAUCAAUGAGCAUCGCCGGAAGAUGGAGCUGAUGAAUGCGUCCAGUGACUGCAGUUCCAUGGCCGCUCUGGUAGAUGAUUUGUCAGUUUAUCCUGAGAUAGCUGGUAGCAAUGACUCUUCAGCAAUACUACAAGGAGACCUAGACUGUGUCUGGAUUUCGCCCAUUGAGCAGAAGUUCUUCCUUCCGAUAGACAAACAUUUGACCAUCUCAUGGACUGGAGGAAUCGAUACAGAGAGCUCCAUCUAUGACUAUGAGAUAGGUCUGAGCAGUGACCCCUCAAACCCGACCCCUGACCUGGUGACCUUCAUGUCAACAUCAGGUCAUGAUCACUUUUUGAUGUACCAUCCACAUAUCAGCCAGGGAGCUGUGUUCUUUCUGGUUCUGAAGGCCAUCAACAAGGCUCAGCUAUCUACCUUCAAGGUGGUUGGUCCAAUAGUAGUGGAUACCACUCCGCCCAUGUUUGUUGGGCGUGUCUCUGUCCAUGUGGAGGAUGAAUACUUGAUUGCUGAAUGGGGAGAUGAUGGCUUCAUUGAUGAUGAGGAUACCAGCCUGAGAUACCAAGUUGCCAUUGGGGGUAGCCCAGGUGGCACUAAAACUCUUGAUUUCCAGAAGGAGAAAGCCUACAGAAUUGGUCCUUGUUUGUCCCAAACAUCAUGUGCUGCAUUCUCAUUGGCUGACCUAGACUGGCAUCUCCAUGGAGAUCGUGACUACUACGUGUCAGUCAGAGCUCAGAAUGGUGCUGGGUUCGCUACAGUGGGGACCUCAUCCGUUUAUAGACACAUCGUGCAGUUACCAUCUCUGGGUGUUGUAUUGGAUGUUGCACCCCCUGGCGAAAAGGUGCAUGUGGAUUUGGGGGUGCCCAAAGACAUUGAUGUUCAGAUGAGCACCGCAAGCAUCUCAGCUCGUUGGUUUGGUUUUGAGCAUCCUCAUCUUGAUAUCAACUAUGAGAUUGCCAUCGGAUCAGAAGGAGGUGCUUCUGAUGUCAGCGUUGGUUUCAUUGAUGUUGGCAAUGCAACCUUCUAUCAACUGGAUGGACUAGAUCUCAUUCCACUUAUGACCUAUUAUGUGACCAUCCGUGCUAACUCUGAAGCUGGUAGUGUCAAUGUUACCUCAGACGGUGUCAAAGUCAUUCAGGAGGGUCAGGUUCUGGAGGAAGCUGGGAUCAAAGAUGGACUGGGCUGCGAUCAAGAUGAAAUGUCUGUGCCACCAGGAUUAUGCCAUCACUCAUCAGUUGCUGAUCCAUUCUGUCAGAAUGACAGCACCUACAAAUCUUCUACGUCACUCAUCUGA